AUGAAAUAGAUGCUUUCAUAAAGCUUCGUUCAAGAAGUCCUUCCUACUCUAUUUCGAGUAUAAUCAGAACGUCCAAAUCUUGAUUAAAAAUAAUAAGUCUAAAAGGAAAGAUAAGGAAAGGAUCUUUAUUCCUUAAUAGUGGACCAGCAAAUGAUUAAAGCGAUCGAAAUAGUAGAGACAUUUAAAGAAGAAGAUCAUGGAUCGAUAUAUAAAAAACAUAUUGUAAAUUAUGUUAUUUAAAUAAAAACUGAUUAUUUUGAUUACACCAUUCCUAAAAGAUAUUCAGAAUUUGAGAAAUUGCAUGAAUAAGUAAGUCUUAAAAUUAAAAAUAGUUACAUUCUUAAUUAAAAACAAUGCCGAAGUUCCCAUAGAAAACAUUAAUUUAAACCAAUUCAAGGAAAAUCAUUGCGUAAAGAUAGGCUUUGCUUCAACGUAAAUAAUGACAUUAUUAAUAAGAGUUUUUGCAACACUUGUUAUAAAAUUUAGAUCAUACUAUGUAUAUCUUUUUGGAAUUCUUAAAUAUCAAAGGUAUAAAUAAAUUGUAAUAAUAAAAAGAAUAAUUUUAAAAGGGGGGAUUCGAUUAAAAUGUUAAACUGUAUCAUUUCAGUAAGGAAGAAAACGCAUUAAGGGAUCUCAUUGAUACAAGUCCAAAGAAAAUAUAGCCAAAGAAUGAGCCCGAACAAAUGAUUAUCCAUUAUCUAACAAAGUUGAAUGAGAAAAUCGAUGAGAGGGGCAAAAUCUUUUAGUAUUAAUUAAAUGAUUAAUUAGAAAAAUGGAAAAAUAUUGCUUUGGUAAAAUUUAAUAGGUAUCCUCAACAAUGCUGAAAGUAUUAUUUACAGGAGAUGAUGAAAGAGAAUUAAAGGGAAUAAUCCAAGCUUUGUCUAUCUAAAAUAAUGAUAUCUAAAGUCAUAUUAGUUGCAUAAUGGGUUUUUAGUUCUUUCGCAAAGUUCUGGAAUAUGAUUAUAAUCCAAGUAUAUCUUAAUGUUUAAGUAGAUGCUGAAUAGGCUCUCAGAUAAUUUGGGGAAAUUAGUAUCAAACAAUUUAAAAAGAUCAUGAUUUAGUCUCAUAUUUGCGGAUAAUAAAAGCUUUGCAAAUAAGAUGCAUUAAUUUUGUUACAUAAAUAUAUCAAUCAGAACUAAUUAAAGGAUCAAAUGAUAAAAUACUUGAUUGAUGAUGAGGAAUGCUUACAAGAGUAUGAAUAAUUCCUUAAGACUCACCUUAACAAGAAUAUAGAUGAGGUUAAAGUAACCAUAGAUAGCACAGAGAAUCUAUAAGAACUUUUGCAAACAAAAUCUAAUUCUUCAGAACAUUCAAUAUUAGAAUAAGAGGCUACUAUCGAAUAACUACAUGAAAUCAGUUAAAUGAAUUUAAAUUGGAAGUUAGUCUAAGGUAUUUAUAAAAUAGACUAUUAUUAGAAUUUGAUAAUCACAUAAUGUAUCAUUUAUCUGGAUAAUAUGUAAAAACAAUCCAUCCUCUAAAUUGUUCUAUUGAAAGAGCUAUCACUAUAUUCACAGAUCUAAAAAUAUAAUGGUUUCAUGGAAUGAUACAAAAAGACGUUCUUGAAGAAUAUGAUCAAUUUAGAAGUUUAAUUGUUGAAUAUUAUGUUUGGGAAGACAAAUCAACCUUUAAGAAAAUGGCUUUUGUUAGUGAAUAGGAAAUUACAAAAAUAGACGACUUUCUUUUUUAAAUUACUAUUAUUCCUAGCACUAAACCUUUACCAGCCAACUAUAAAAUCAAAUGUGAUUAAAAAGGUAUUGCAGUUAUCAAAUUUUAGGAUAGAAGAUGAGUUUGAUGUAUUUGAAAAAGAUAACAGAUAAUUCUGCUGAAGCUAUUGUCUAUUAAAAUAUUAUGGAUAACACAUUUAGAACAGCUUUAACCCCUGUUAUUUUAAAAGAAAUUCCAUGGUUUAAUCACACAAUAACUAAAUUAAAAGCUCUAUUAUGA